AUGUUUUCACAGAAGUUGGUAAAUAUUAAAAUUUUAAGUGUAAAACCCAAUUUUUUAUUAAGAAGAUACGUAAAAGAAAAUGCAGUAACAAAAAUUAAAAAGACAAAUCUUGGAUUUGACCCUUUACCAAAGAAGAAACCACAAAGAGAGUCUUAUUUAAAAUCUUUGAUCCUAGGAAAUGUUGAUAAAGAAGUUUUUACUUAUCCUGAAGAAUUACCAGGUAGAUAUGAGAAUUAUGUUAAAUGGUUGCAACCAAUUGAAUAUUAUAUAUUGAGUUGUAUUAACAAAAAUCUGGAUAAAAAUGAGGUAUUACUCCAGCUUAGAGAACUUAAUUUAUUUCAAGCAUACAUAAAUGAAGAAAAUUUUGGUAUAACUUUAUCUGAAAUAGAAUCAAUGAAAUUAAUAGAGACUGUUAGUAAUUUACCUUGGUUGGGUACAUAUAUGGUAAAAAAUCAUAUAUUGCCAAUUCAAAUUAUUUCUAAAUAUGGAUCAAAGAGUCAGAAACUUGAAUAUUAUUCAAAAAUUAUGAAUGGUGAAUUAAUCCCUUCAAUAUGUAUAUAUGAAGAUAGUUAUGGAACAAAUGUGAAUAAUUUUGAAACUUAUGUUGUAAAAAAUACAGAAGAUUCAUGGUUAUUAAAUGGUAAAAAACAAUAUGUUGUUAAUGGAUUAAAUUCUAAUCUAUUUUUAGUGUAUGCAAAACAUAAAUUGCCUAACAUGAAACAGACCACGACAGAUUCAUUCUCUUUAUUCCUAGUUGAAAAAGAUUUUGGGAAUGUUGCUUGUACAGAUGUGUAUGAUACAAUUGAUGAACGUGAAACACCUAUCUGUACAAUCAGUUUUACAGAUACAGUAGUUCCUAAUAAAAAUAUGAUAGGUUCACCUGGUUCUGCAUUUAAGUCAUUAAUGGAAUCUUUGAAACCUGGGACACAAAACGUAACAGGCCGAGCAAUUAGUAUUUUAAGAAAUUUUAUGAUGCAGUUAGUACCAGACAUUACACAAAUGAGACACUAUGAUAGAGAUUUUUAUCAAUUUGAUAUUGUUAAACAAAUUAUAGCUGAAAUGACAAUUACUUUAUAUACUAUGGAAAGUAUGGCAUAUCUUACAACUGGAAUGAUAGAUCAAUAUGAAAAUAUAGAUGCUGACCUAGAGAAAAUUAUUACUGAAACAUAUUGUGCAAAUAGUUGUUUGAAAUGUAUUCAAAAAGGAUUACAAUUAGUGGGUGUACAUGGUUAUGUGAAUAAUAAAUCUUAUAUACAAGCAUUUCAUGAUGCCAUAGCUUUAACAACAUUGGAUACAAAUAAUAUAGAUGCUAGUACAUAUGUAGGAGCAAGUAUGUUACAAUAUAUUGGAAAAACGGUACAUGAUCAUGUAUACAAGAAAAGAAAUUAUUUACUAUUUCCUGCAUAUAAUAUAUUUGAUACAUUAUUUACAAAAGCCACUAGAAAAUUAAAUAUUCAAAGUUAUGUCCACCCAUCGUUAAAUGUAGCUGCUGUACAUUUAGAAGAGAUUAUAGGAAAAGUUAAAGAAGGUAUGUCAUUAUUACUUGAAAAUAGUGGAUCACAAAUUACAGAACAAUAUGCAGAUUUAAAACAGGUAGCUGUGUUGUUAACUGAAUUAUAUGCACUAUAUGCAAAUAUAUUGCGUGCAUCAAGAUCUUAUAGUAUUGGUGUUCGAAAUGCAGAUCUUGAAAAAGACUUUGUAACUAAAGUAACAACUCGAUCAUAUUACAAGAUAUGUACAGUUAUAAAUAAUAUAGAAAUUGCUCCAAUGUUUAACAACUACACCUACUACUCAGAUGUAAUGGAUACUGUAUAUGGAAAGAAGAAAUAUCCUAUGGAGCACCCUUUGACUAGAACAUUUUAA